UUAGAAAAGUGGUAGAAUCCAGAGGGCGCGAGUUUCCGAAGUGCUCGGUUCCAUCUGCUAAGAAACGGAAAACAAACAGAUGGAGAAGAUGAGUGAUGAGAACACCGAGGAGGUGAAGGUGCUUGAGUCUGAGAUAGAGCGUCUUCAAGCUGAAGUUGAAUCGCUGCAGCACCAACAACAGGAAAUCAAUAAGGACAUAACGUUCCACUACAGCCAACAAAUGGAAAAUGCUCUAGUGUUCAUGUGCGGGCAGAGACAAGAAGGAGGGAAGGAGAUGGUGAUGUCCAGACUCAAAGAGGAGCUGGAGGAGCUGGAGGAGGAUAUGAAACUGCAGACAGAAAUUAAUGGCAUCACUUUGAACAGCUGCACCACAAAGACUCUACAAAACAGUGGCAGAAAGCUGGUUCAGCAGCUCUCUUUGUCGGGUAACUGCUCUGAACUGGUCUUCCAGGUCGAGUUUCAGCUUUCCGAGAUCAAGGACAGUGAGAGAUCAAAGAGGACCAUCGGUGAUCUGAAUGUGGUGCUCGAUUCAAGUGACCUGCAAAACUUCAGCAGCUUCUUGUCAAGGUGCAUUUUCUGUCCCUAUGACCGCAAUCUGCCAGAAAGCGCCUGGUCUGUCAGUGAAUCAGCAGCAAAGAGCAGAAGUCUGAUAUCUGAGGCCAGACCACAUCUGGAUUGUGUGGCCCAGUCUGAAGAAUUUGGCAAACAACAGAUGGAAAAAUACUUGAGAUAAUGAUUCAAGACACUG